ACUCGUUGAGUCGUUUACGUUACGUCGUGAAUUUUCCCAACUGAUUUUUUUCCCGAGAAAAUUAAAAACCUAAGCAAAGCGAAUCGUUAAUUUCUCCGAUUGAAUUCUGAAGGGGAGGAAGGAAAAAUCUAAGAAGGAGUUGAUUAUAAUAGAAAGAAGAGGAAGUUUAAAUGGAGUCGCUGAUAUAUGUAUCUCCUUCUAUAAUACUUCCUCCGACCACCACUACUACGAUCUCCGUUUCGACUUUACGAUCAGUAUCGAUUCGUCUUCGUCCCUCCUUUUCCGGCUUGUCCAGCUCCGGUAGAGGAAUUUCGAUUUCUAGAAGAAGACUGUUCGUUAGCUGUAAAUCGACCGGCGGCGGAGGAGGAGGAGGAGGAAUAGGAUCAGAUAAGCUUGGUGGCGGCGAUGAAGAAGAAGAAGAGAGCGAGGAAGUAGAGCGGGCGCUUCACUUGGACGGUACGAUCCCUGGGACUUCCGAUGAGUUUGUAAGGCAAGUCUCGUCUCGUGCUUACGAGAUGCGUCGGAAAUUAGAGCAGACGUUUGAUUCAACCAGCUAUGACGUGUUGGAGUCCAACCCAUGGAGAGGAGACUCGAAGCCUGUAUAUGUACUAACACAGAGAGAAAACCAGAUCUGCACCAUGAAAACAAGAACAAACCACAGUGAAGUAGAAAAAGAGCUUGGACUGUUGUUUCCUAGUAGGAUCAGCAACCAGAAAAAACAGUCUAGACCCAAAACUAAAUUCGAUAUGCUCGUUGAAGACAUUCGAGAUGGAGUAUUGGUUUUUAAAGAUGUGAAUGAGGCUGUUAGAUACUGUGACCUAUUACAAGGUGGAGGAAAAGGGUGUGAAGGCGUCGCUGAGAUUGAGGCCUCAUCCGUUUUUGACCUUUGCCGAAAAACAAGGUCACUGGCAGUGCUCUUCCGCCGGGGAAGAACACCACCCACACCUCAGACGCUGGAGCGUAAUCUGGGAUCCCGUAAGCGUUCUCUUGAGGACUUGAGGGAUGGUAAAUAAAUAGCUUGUGAAACAAUGUAGGUCACCGUACAAUAAUUUAUUAUACUUGUAUAUACUCUUAAACUGUAAUUAACCGUAUGUGUAUACAUAUACAUUUUACUUGUGCUCCAUACUGAUAUUGCUCCUCAUAAUUCUCUGGAAGCUGUGUGAUCUUUA